AUGGUAUAUACUCAUAGUAAUGACUCUGACGACAGCCUUGUAGUGAUAGAGCAAGACGUCGUUAACACAGGGAACCCUGGAGAUGGCGAUCUCAGGGCGACCGCUAAAGACGAGGAAUACGAAAUUAUAUCAAGCGAUCAGAUCGAUCAUGAAAAGAACACUGUCACGGAUUGGACGUCUGGUCACCAUAUCAGUAACAAAGGCUCCUCCACAGCUCAACGUGACACAACGUGCAGUUCCAACACUGGCGAUGAUACCAGAGUUGUGCUUGGGAGAAAACCCACGGUUCUGUAUAACGUCGGCGAGCCGGGUGUUCAAUCGGCUCAAUUGACAACGGCCAUCAUCCCUCAACAUCUGACAGGUAGCGCUGAAGAACUCGAGAAUAUCAAAGCCGCAUAUAGAUAUCGAGACGAGAUUAAAGAUAGACAUGAAGACAGGUAUGACAAUAUUCCCCACGACGCUUUGUACCAAUUUACAAGGGAUGGAUUGAACGAUUGCGUUGAGAAAACUCAUCAGGAUAUCAAGGAGACUUUCAAGAGAUACUCGGAUUCGUUCGAUAUCCAUUCUAUACCUUGUGCCCACCAAUCUUCUCUAUCGACAGUCAGAGAUUUAUUGUGCACAUGUGAUUCACCUAGAAGAUCAACGGUGGUUGUAGGCGUUGAUCCGUCCCAAUACAGCUGGACCAGCUCGAAAGGGAUCAACGAGAUCAAACGAUUCAGACUCUACACACGAACUGAAGAUUCUUUAGGAUAUGGAUCCCCCAACGCGAUCUUUGGAAUCUCAUAUAUCGAGAAAUCCAAAUUACAGGGGAUCAGAGCGGCCGAAAGACUUCAUGCAAAUACAGUUGGGGCUCUGUCUCAGGCUUCCGAGAAGUCCCUACCUAGAGAUUGGCGAGAAGUCGCUAUAAAGUUGAUGCCCUCCAAUUACAGUACAUCGCAAAGCAAUCCUUGUUCAUAUCUGAGAGUGGAGAAUAAGUUUAUCGAUUGGCUUGAGAAACAACCGUUCAAUUUCUUGGAGAAAAUCGAUACUAUCCCUGACGAUGAUCCUGCCACGUAUGAUACUAUUCCAUUUAAUCAGUAG